AUGGACCAACAACAGUCUUCUCAGCAUGAACGCGAUGCCCCUCUUCCAGAAGAGCAGGUUAAAAGGCGUCGCCGCAAUCCUGAAUACACACGUUCUUUCCUCGGCCUCCCUUCAAUCCUGGAGCGAGAACAUGCAAACAAUCCAACUUUAUGCACCAGGGCCCAACUUCGACAGUUACUGGCACCAAGUUUUUCUGACAACAUUGGCAUUUCAAUAGCAAAUGGGUUGGGCCUCGACGAAAAUCUCGAUAUUCCCGGCCCAUUCGAUGUACGAGUGAAUACAGUGAUCAUGCCUAGUGAUGGCGUCCAGCAGAAACAGCAAGAAACGCGAAAUGCGACAUCUACAGCAGAGUCCCAGACAAUCCCAACACCUCCCCUGAACAGUACCACACAACAGAAAGAGGCCCAGGUCACACCCCUUCCCUCGUCAAAUUCGCAAGCAGAAUCCGACUUGCCGAUAGAAAGCUCCAGUCAGAAACCGCCUCCGCAGGACUUGGCUACGGCCGAGUCGCAGACACAGCAGCAUGACAGCGCAUAUUGUCCAGGCGAAGAAGAAGACCCGAAAUCAUCCCACACCCACACAGAGGAAGUUGGGCAUGGGGCCUCUCCGUCACAAGGCCACGAAAGAUUGCACUCAAUACUAUCGUUACCACUGAUACACCCAAAUGGAAUAUCGAUGUUUCCUCACCUGUCGACCCCAGAGCAGGAAAUCAUGUCUCAGGAGGCUCUGACACAGGCCGAAGAAUCGAUUAUUGCAGAUAAUUUCACCGGCAGCGACGUUGCUGAUGGCGAGUCAGAUGGAGGAUAUGAUAGUGACGGCUUCAGCUCAGGCAGCACAUCGGCAGAGUCCUCGGUGCGAGACUACAUGUUCGAAAAUGGGCGGCGAUAUCACCGAUUCAGAGAAGGUACCUAUAACUUCCCAAAUGAUGACGUCGAGCAAGAACGUGAAGAUAUGAAGCACGCAAUGGUCAAGUUGCUAUGCAACCAGAAGCUACACUUUGCCCCCAUUGGCAACAACCCGCAAGAGGUAUUGGACCUCGGAACUGGCACGGGGAUCUGGGCAAUAGAAAUGGGUGACCAGUUUCCGAGUGCACAUAUUCUCGGCAUUGACUUGUCACCAAUUCAACCAGAUUGGUUGCCACCCAACGUUCGAUUUAUGGUUGACGACAUGGAGUCGGCUUGGUUACAUCCGAGAAACCAUUUCGAUUACGUCCACUCCCGUCACACGGUCAUGGCAAUUAAGCAGUGGGAUCGCUUGUACAGAAGAGCCUUUGAGCAUGUGAAACCAGGCGGUUGGAUGGAAAUGCAAGAAAUUCACCACAGACCUCGUGGCGCCGGCGUGGACGGGACCGUACCGCCCGACCACCCCGUUGCCAAGUUCUGGACGUUAGUCACGGAGGGUCUAGCUGCCCUUGGCGUUGAUCUGGAUAUAUCUUCUGGUGGGGUCCUUGCUGGGAAGAUGCAAGAGGCGGGCUUCACGAACGUGACUGAGCGAGUUUUCCACGUUCCUAUUGGUACUUGGCCGAAGAACAAAGUUCUCAAGACUGUGGGAUUGUAUUGGCGUACGAUUCUGCUGGAUGGUUUGCAGGCCAUUGCUUUGGGACCCCUUACCCGUGGUUUGCAUUGGACCCGGGAUGAAGUGGAAUUAUUCCUCAUGGAUGUGAGACGAGCAUAUCAUGAUAACUCCGCUCUCAUGUACAUGCCUCUGCAUAUCAUUUACGCACAAAAGCCGACGACGGCCUAUUAA